UAUUUCAGUCUCUCCUUCGUAUUUUACUUUGUGUCGUCGUCGCUUUUGUGAACAAAAAAUACGAGAAAAAGUUAGAGGCAACGAAAUUUUGCUUCAGCAUUUUGAGCAAAAUUUCAAGAAACAAGUGCAACACAGCUAGCAACUCACUGCACAUUUUGUUUUGUAUCCCCGUCUUGAACAAAAGCCGUCAAAAUUGAGUCGACAAAGAUUGACGAGACUUUUCCUCCAACAACUGCUAUGGAGGAUAAAGCAACAACAAAAGAUCUAGAUCAAUGGAUUGAGCAGUUAAACGAAUGCAAUCAAUUGACAGAAACACAAGUUCGCACCCUUUGCGAUAAGGCAAAAGAAAUUCUUUCAAAGGAAUCCAAUGUGCAGGAGGUCAAAUGUCCCGUCACAGUGUGCGGCGAUGUCCAUGGACAGUUUCACGAUCUGAUGGAACUGUUCCGGAUAGGCGGCAAAUCGCCCGAUACAAAUUAUUUAUUUAUGGGCGACUAUGUGGAUCGUGGCUACUAUUCGGUGGAGACGGUCACAUUGCUGGUAUCCCUAAAGGUCCGCUAUCGGGAGCGCAUCACCAUUCUGCGCGGCAAUCACGAAUCGCGUCAGAUCACACAGGUGUACGGCUUCUAUGAUGAAUGCCUGCGCAAGUAUGGCAAUGCGAAUGUGUGGAAGUAUUUUACCGAUUUGUUCGACUACUUGCCAUUGACGGCGCUGGUAGACGGCCAAAUCUUUUGCCUGCACGGCGGCCUCAGUCCGUCAAUUGAUAGCUUGGAUCAUAUACGGGCAUUGGAUCGCUUGCAGGAGGUGCCCCACGAGGGACCCAUGUGCGAUUUGCUCUGGUCCGAUCCCGAUGACAGGGGUGGCUGGGGCAUCUCACCCCGUGGAGCUGGCUACACCUUUGGACAGGAUAUAUCAGAAACAUUUAACAAUACAAACGGCCUUACACUGGUCUCGCGCGCACAUCAGCUGGUCAUGGAGGGCUAUAACUGGUGUCACGAUCGCAACGUUGUCACAAUAUUCUCAGCGCCAAACUAUUGCUACAGAUGCGGCAAUCAGGCGGCACUUAUGGAACUGGAUGAUUCACUUAAAUUUUCAUUCCUACAAUUUGAUCCCGCACCGCGACGCGGCGAGCCACACGUAACGCGAAGAACACCAGAUUAUUUCCUUUAAGCUGUUUUUGCGCUCGGCACCGAAAUGCAGCUUACCACAUAUACACACAUUAUUAAAUAAAAAAAAAAAAGUUUAAAGAAAAUCAGCAAAAAAAAAAAAAACAAAAAGCAAAAAGUAUGUAUGGCAUGCCGUUGAAAGAAUAACAAUAAGAACAACAACUGCAACAACAACAACAAACAGAACAACUACCAAUAAUUAUAACGAUUUCGAUGCAUUUUAUUGUUGUACCCCCAAGACCAUAAUUUGUAAAUGCAUACGAGAAUGUUGUUAAACAAUUGGAUAGAGGGCGGGGACAAGUUGAUUUCAAGCAGCGCGAGGGCGAAUAAUACAAUCCAAUCAAACCUACCAACCCGGCAACAACAACAACUACACCAACAACAACAACUACAACUACUUAGCUAAAUUUGUUAAUUUAUAAAAUAACGAACUAAGCGUCGCAAGCAGCAGCAGCAGAAGCCUGACAUGAUGGAUGGAUGUGAAUGUAACGGGAAUGGCCUGGAACCGACGUGGGUUGGGGGGGGUUUUUGUUUUGACAUUGGACCUACAAUUUUUGGACAGGACACGGCGGACACACAUUAGCAGGACGACAAAAUAGCGACAGCAGCGAUAAACCUUUUUGGGGUGGGGCGGUUCAGCGCUUCGAAAUAAAUAAGGAAUAUAUAAAAUAAAAAAAAAAAUAAAAAAUUAAUAAUACUGAUUACAAUUAAAACAUAAAAACAAAAACAAUAUAAUAUUUAAAAAACAAAAA